AUGAGUCAAACACUGCCUGUCCAAGUCUAUUGUGCUGAUACACUUUAUAAGCGUUUUUUGAGCUAUAUUCUUCAUAUUUACUACAGUAUAAAGACUGCUCCACCAAUACACAAAGGUACUUUUAUGGGAUUUGGGAGAUUUGUAUGGAUCCAUGAUCAAACCUCCAUCACACAAUUAUACCAUGCUGGAUCAUUUGGUAAAGGAAGUCUCUCUAGAAGUCAAGCUACAUGGUUUACACGUACCCUAAAGCAAAACUCGAAUAGCUUAGAAGAUAUAACGACCGAGAGACGAAAGAAAAGACGCCAACAACAUAACAUAGACCAUAGUACAUCUUCUGUUCUCAAAUUGCUUGAUUUUACGUUACAUCAAGAUGUAGAGAAAUUUCAGCUUGAUUUAUAUGAAGCCUUUUUUCUUGUGUAUGGGCUCAAUGCACUGACCAUCCAAGAUAGUAAACAGACACCCUUAUCUAUCCAAGACUGUUGGCACACAUUUUGUAAGGCAGACUCAUCCUUUCAUUUCAAAUAUGCAGCCUAUCAUUACUAUCGAAGUCUUGGUUGGGUGCCCAAGAAUGGCUCAAAAUUUGGAGUUGAUUUUGUUUUAUAUCAGAGAGGACCAUCCUUUAGACAUGCAGACUAUGCAGUAGUGAUCAUGCCUGUUUAUACAGACAAAGAAGAACAAAAAAGUUGGCAAUGGCUACUUCGCCUUAAUCGUGUCAGUAAUCAAGUCAAAAAGACGCUGGUACUAUGUCAUGUUACUAUCCCAACUACAAUUACAAGUCAUUUACAGCUGAAUGAGUACAGCAUCAAGCAAGUGACUUAUGAACGUUGGUCGCCACAAAGGAAUAGAGAAUAA